GUGCUCCAGUUGUCAAGUUCGUCGUUCUCAUUCGUCAUCUCCCUGACCUCAUCAAACUCCAUUUUUCGAUGCACAAAUUUUUUUCCUUUUUCUUUUUUCCUUUCUCCAAAGAUCCUGUGAAACAGUGAAAAGGAUAGAAAUCUUGCACCGGAAAGUGGAUUGAAAUGAAAAUGUUGCUUUCGGAUCGUUUUCUCGUCGCUAAUUUAUUUGAUUUCUGUUCGUCAAAAUCCUCCGUUAAAAAAAGGAAUGAAAAUUUGCAGAUCUGUGUUGGAAUUCUCAAUCAACUGAUUUCCAGAGGGAUUUCACAACUAAUUUGGAUUGUGCUCGCGGUCCUACUUCGAGAUCUUGACUUGAGAGUCAAAUCGUGUAGCUGGAGCCAGUCAAUAAUUUAAUGGAAGUUUGCUUUUCUUUAUUUAAUUGGUUUAUUAUUAUCAGUGAUAAUAUUUGGCCGUACGCUUUUGUCUGUUUCGGAUAAUUUUCGUUGUUUAACUUUUGCAGCGCAGGUGGGGACUUGGAAGAAGUUAAAAUAGCUUGCUCGAAUUCGUUCGGGAGUACGAUUUCUGGAUUUAAUCCUUGUCCGAAGGCUAAUGGCUGUUUUCUUUCUGAAUUUAAGAGAAGAAAUCGACCAAAAGUGCCGGAAGCAGCGGAGUUCACAAGUACCAGAAUUUGGAAAGUGGGAUAGUGGGGAAGAUGUCCCAUAUACAACCUAUUUUGACAAUGCAACAAAGGCUAAAAGCCAGAGGUUGAAUCCAAAUGAUCCAUCUGUUCACCGGGAGGAGAUUUCAGACACAGUAAGGUCAAACUAUGAGCAACAGAAAAUCGGAGAAGGUGGUGUUGUAAGGAGGCAAACUGAGUCUCCAUUGCACCGUGAUGCUUUAGAAUUGCGUGGUCGGGAUUAUGACGGUAUAAAAUCAGUGAAAAGUCAGGGUCAACAACCGUUAAGGCCAAUUCAUGUGCAAGAAGAUUUGAGCCCAGAAGACGGUAACAUGAAAAGACAUCCCAAUCCUCCUUUGGACCGUCAAAGAACUGGCCAGGUUAGCUUUAACUCGCCUCUUCAUCGACGUCAGGGCAAUAACACCACCAGUAGUUCAUCUAAAAGGACCGUGGGAAAUAGCACAGGUUCUGACUGCAGCAUAGAAAAUUCACCUCUCCAUCCACGACAACAUCCAAGGACUGAAGGUAAAAGUGCUGUACCAUCUUCGCCAUUACGGGAAAUAAGGGGUUCAAUUUCACCAAAAGGGGGUAAUCGUGAUGGUUUAGCUCCCUCGACUCCUGUAAGAUCACGUCAACGAUCAGCUACUCGGGGCAACGAAACUCCUGAUCGGAGUGCUACCGUCCCAAAAUUCGGUGACUGGGACGAGAGCGAUCCAACAUCAUCUGAGAACUACACAAACAUUUUCACCAAAGUGCGCGAGGAGAGAACCGGGGAAGGAAGUUUUCCAGCUGGGACUAAUGUUUCUCAUUCCAACAGUCACAACCGUUCUGGUGCUGAAAAUUCCAAGAGAUGUUGCUGUUUUCCGUGGGGGAAAUGACUGGGAAGGAACAAUACUGACCUACGUCCUGGUCGGCCAAGAGUUCCUGCUACUAAUUCUUUAACGUGGUGUAUUUUUAUUGCUCUAUUUUUAUUGCAUAAAUAGAUUUUAUUAAAGUUUUGUAGCCAAAGUAUCUUUCUUUAAUUUUCCCGGUGGAAAGGUAAGGCUUUAUUGGGUAUAUGCUCUGAAUGCACAUUCUUUUUUUUUUUCUAAUACAACAAAUUGGAUUGGAGUAUGGAAGUUCGAACUUUCAACCUGUUGGAGAGGUGUAGGUACGAAUUACUUCUAAGCUAUAUUCAUAUAUUUUUUUUCUUU